AUGGAUGCCAAGAUUGCUGCUUCAGGCAAGUUUCUGCUGCCCCAAAACAUGCGGCAGUCGUUCCCUCGAGCCCUUGCUGACCUUCGUUCCCCAUGCUGCGUCUGCAAGGAGGAAAAGUCGAAGCGGGACGAGUGCAUGCUCUUCUCCAAGUCCGCCGACCCCGCCGCGGACUGCAGAUCCUUGGUCGACCAAUACAAGAGCUGCAUGAUUGGCUACGGAUUCAAGGUAUGA